AUGUCCUUUCCCACAAAUACGGAACACAUGUUGAGGUAUCCAGAGGUGCAGGUACAACAAGAAUCACCAGAAUUGCUCAACGAGCAAGAAUCAAAGAUGUUUACUGAAUUCCUUAAUUCAUGGAUGGUAGAGGAACCGCAAAAUAGUAUUGUUUUUCAGCAUCCGAUGGUAUCUGAUGUGGGUUUCGGAGUUCCUUCACCAAAUAUACUAUCAACAUCGAAGGGAGGAUAUCAAGCAACGACAGGGUAUGGGGUUGGAUUUGGUACAGGAUCCCAGACCAUUAACACUUCAAAUGGUUAUAUGUAUCCUAUUACCUCCACUACAAUGUCGAACAAUAACACCUAUGCUACACCAGCAUCAGCUUUUCAGAAUGGUGGUAUACCACAUCAACAACAUAAUCAUCAUUUAAAUAAUUCAUACAUAGAGACAUCUUCAACCAAUGGUUUAAUUCACGAUCAUCACGCUGCUAAUGGUGGUGGUGGUGCUGAACCUUCAAUUCCCUCCCGAAGACAGAGAUCACCAUCGCUUCCAUUAUCAGCCAAUGGUGAAAAUAUAAUAAUAGAAGAAAAUUUGACGUCCACGCAAGAACAUAUUCAACAAUCAAAUAUAGGGGAGACUAGUAGCUCUACCGCCACUACAAACCAUACUGCAUCUGCAUCGUCGUCAAGUAAUCGUGGUGGUCGUGGAAAGAAAGGGCAUGAACUAUUAACAGAGGCCGAGAAAAAGGCUAAUCAUAUUGCUUCUGAACAGAAACGAAGACAGAAUAUUCGUUCGGGCUUUGAUCAGUUGGUGGACAUAGUGCCAACGUUGAGUCAAUGCCAUCGGAGUGAAGCGUUGAUUUUACAAAAAUCUGUCGAAUACAUUCAACAAUUGUUAAUUCAAAAAAGCGAACUGAAAGAACGGGUAAAGUCUUUACAGGCCACACUGGGAGAUGCACCCGAACAUUUAGAAGACUCGUCUUCAGAAGGAGAACUUGACCUUAUAUUCUGA